CAUGAUCGCCAUUAGUAUACUGUUCCCUUCAUUCUUCUUUGAAUUUGUUUCUUGAUCUGUGAUUUUUCUACGGGGUCAACCAUGGAGGACGAUUUGAAAGGUACAAAAGUAGUAAGAAGUAAAUAUUCCGAAAAUCAGCCAUGCAAGGGAGUCCAGGAGUUCUUUGACAACCGCGGAAUCAAGUCUUUUACUAAGAUUGAGGAAUGUUACAACUACAUAGGACCCUUAGGACGAGCCCAGAUAUGUUAUCUAGUUGUUCUGAGUCUUCUCAACCUGCUCUCUGCGUACAACUUCCUCAUGGCCGUCUUCUUACUGGUGGUGCCGGAAUGGGAGUGUAAAGCAGGUAAAGUGUGUGUUGAGGAUAUGUGUAAGAUGCCCCGAGAGAACUGGGACUGGGUGCGGUCUGACCGGACCAUGGUCAGCUACUUCGAGCUGCAGUGUGACUCCAGCUACGCUAUCCUGGCGUCUUCGCUCUUCUUUGUUCCUGGAACUGUUGUAGGUUUAGCUGUCAGUGGGUACCUGUCUGAUAAAUAUGGUAGGAAGAAGACUCUCCUGUCAUCUAUAAUAUUGUCCCUGAUUCUGGCUAUCGGCCAGACAUUUUCAUCCUCCUACCCCCUCUUCCUAACCUUGAGAACCUUAUCAGGCGUGACGAGCGUUGCUUACAUGUCUAUUCACAUAACAUAUAGAGACGAGUUCUUCCCUUCAACAAAACGACCUGUUUGCUAUUUCCUCGGGUUGUUGUUCAAAACGGCUGGUCUCUUGCUGCUGGCUGGGGUGUACGAGAUGUUCACUUCGUGGAGAGCUCUAAACGGGGCAAGUGCCAUUCUCCUUGCUGUUCCACUGCUUGCAAUAUUCGUACCAGAGAGCCCACAUUGGCUGCUCACUAACUCCACUACACAGGAAACCACUGAUGUGCUCCUCAAAAUGGCCAGGUUCAAUCUCGGACCUGACCACGGUCUGAGAGAGGAACACUUCCAGUUAAAGAAGGUUUCUGAAGGUGGAGAGAGUGGGGAUGUUAUGAUGAUAAUAAGGAACCGAGCCUUCCUCAUCACCACUCUCAAGUUCUUCUUCCACUGGUUCGUUACAAGUUUGCUUUACUACGGCUUCUAUUACGCUCUUGAUGCCCUCUCUGGAAGUGUUUCUAUCAACUUCAUGAUCAUGGGAGCUCUGGAGUUGCCCAUGGCAGCCGCAACAGCGGUCAUGAUGGACAAGAUCGGGAGAAGAAAAACUCUUUUUGUGAACCUACUUUUGGUAAUGAUUUGCUGCGGACUUUCUCUUCUGAAAGUGAGCUUGGUUGGAGCCUGGACCGUGAAGAGAGUGGCCUCUAUUGUGGGCUCCAAGUGGGGGGUGGCCGCCAUGUUCAUGAUAGUCUAUAUGUACACUAACGAGGUGAUGCCGACCUCUAUCCGAUCAACUGGACUGCAUAUGUGUUCCAUAUGUGCUAGAAUCGGAGCCUUCAUAGCACCAUACCUUGUUAAGGCUUGUAACGACUCGAGCUACUACCUGCUCAACUCUUUGUGUGUGUUGCUGUGCGGAGUCGCUAUACUACUAACGUUAGGACUUCCCGAAACCAAGGAUAAAACUCUGCGAGCUAAUCUUAAUGAUGAGGGUGAAGUUUUCAGGGACGACGAAAAACUUUGAAAUGUCUUGGAUUUUGUAGAAAUUUUGACAGUUUAAAUACACGAACAAUCGAAUUCAUAUUAAAUCAAUAUAAAUUGUUAGAUUAAUUGAAAGUGUUUACUCGUUUGAGGUUGAUUUAAGUGUAAUGAAAAUCUGAUGUAGCAUUAGUACUUUAUUAAUUAUAGC